UGUAAAUCCCAGUUUAUAACCCUAACUCUUAACAUUUCUCAAUUUAAGUCUUCACAAUCCUAAACCCUAGAGCUCCUUUCCUCCGCGCACACAGAAAACCCUAAAGAGAACACGGUGGUGAUUUGAGGAGCAAUACUAAGAUCAUGGCGGACACUAAAGCUGUGACAAUCCGAACAAGGAAGUUCAUGACUAACAGGCUUCUAUCUAGGAAGCAAUUCGUCAUUGAUGUGUUGCACCCUGGAAGAGCAAAUGUUUCUAAGGCGGAAUUGAAGGAGAAGUUGGCAAAGAUGUAUGAAGUGAAGGAUACUAGUUCUAUUUUUGUUUUCAAGUUCAGAACCCACUUUGGAGGUGGAAAGUCCACUGGGUUUGGGCUUAUUUAUGACUCUGUUGAUAAUGCAAAGAAGUUUGAGCCUAAAUACAGGCUUGUCAGGAAUGGACUAGAUACCAAGAUUGAGAAGUCAAGGAAGCAGAUUAAGGAAAGAAAGAACAGAGCCAAGAAGAUUCGUGGAGUUAAGAAGACCAAGGCUGGUGAAGCUGCCAAGAAGAAAUAAGUCUUUAGGAAUCUCAAGUCGGACUAAAAGAAAAAAUGCUACAGCGAAAUUCUUCAUAGUUGCUUCCAUUUUCUUUAUCCCCUAAGUGGUUAUUGGAAUCUAUUAUAUUUCAGGAUUUUGGAAUUCCUAACUUUAUUUUGUGUAGUAGUAGAUCAGUAUUUGACAGAAUCAAUUUUGAGCAUUUUAUUGAACUCCUAUUUUGCCUCAAAAUUCGAUUGAUUUAGCAUAACAUUUGUCUUUGAUGAAGUCGAUCGAAGGGAUAGUUUUUGAUUUAGCAACUA